AUGACAAAAUAUUUUAUCGUAUUUGUUCGUCACGGUGAAAGCACAUCCAACGCAGAUAAAAUAUUUACUGGAUGGUUAGAUCCGGAAUUGACCGCUAAGGGUGUUCAGGAAGCACACAGUGGGGCUGAAUAUUUGAAAGAAGCUAAGAUAGAAUUUAAUGUGGCGUACACCUCAGUUUUAAAAAGAGCUAUUCACACAUUAGACAUUAUAUUAGAUGACUUGGAUUGUGUAUUCCUUCCAGUGUACAAAUGUUGGCGGCUGAAUGAAAGACACUAUGGCGCGCUUCAGGGAAAAAACAAGAUUAAGACUGUCAAGAAAUUCGGUGAAAAUCAAGUAUCUAUUUGGAGGAGAUCUUAUGACAUUCCCCCUCCAAUGCUGGAAGAAUCUGACUUGUACUCAAAUGACAAAAGAUACUCAAAUUUUGCCAAAGAUUUACUUCCACGCGGAGAAAGCUUGAAAAUGUGUUUGGAUCGUGUGCUGCCCUCCUGGUGUGACGAAUUGUUACCGGCAAUGAAACGAUAUGAAAAUGUUUUAGUUGUUGCUCACGCCAAUUCAAUAAGAGCCAUACUGAAGCAUAUUUUAAAUUUACAAGAAAAAGAAAUCGUUGAAUUGGAAAUUGCUACCUGCGUUCCUAUUCUUUUUGAAUUCGAUGAAAAACUCAACUUAAAAUCUCAUAAAUACUUACCGUUUAGAAAAAAUUUUUACACACCUUCCGAAGCGACAUUAAACUUAUCUGAAGAAGAAGUAGAAAAAUGGAGAAAAGAAAAUAACAUUAUGAUCCUAACGAAAAACCUUGACAUUAGACCCGUCUUUACUUUCGAAGACGCAGGUUUCCCAAGCCAGGUUAAUCAGUGCAUUAAAAAAGCUGGUUUCGAAAAGCCAUUUCCUAUUCAGUCUCAGUCAUGGCCUAUCAUUAUGAGUGGACAUGAUUACAUUGGAAUUGCUGAAACAGGUUCAGGUAAAACCCUGAGUUUUUUGCUCCCUGCUGUAAUUCAUGUUCUUGACCAGCCGCCUAUCCGUAAAUUUGAAGGACCUGUAGCUUUAGUCUUAGCCCCUACUAGAGAACUCGUAGAACAAAUUCGAGAAUGUGCAGUAGAAUUUUGUCCAAGAAUGCGCUGUGUUGCUUGUUAUGGUGGUGCUUCUCGAAUGACACAAUCUGAUGCUUUGAAAAGAGGUGUAGAAAUAGUUAUUGCGUGCCCAGGAAGACUUAAUGACUUUAUCUCUGCUUCAAAGAUCUCAAUGCGUAGAGUAACUUAUUUAGUUUUGGAUGAAGCUGAUCGCAUGCUUGAUAUGGGAUUUGAAAUGCAAAUCAGAACUAUUAUAGACGGAAUACGUAAAGAUCGUCAAAUGUUAUUUUUCAGCGCAACAUGGCCUAAAGAAGUUAGAUCUCUGGCUUUGGACUUAUGUACCAAUGAUCCUGUUCAUGUCCAAAUUGGAUCUUGCGUUUUAAAAACUUCUGACAACGUUGUUCAGCAUACUUUAUUACUGAAUGAAUCAGAAAAACUGAAUAAACUCUUUGAAUUGUUGCAAAAACUCCACGAAGAAGAUAGCAAACAAUUAAUUAUUAUUUUUACCGAGACCAAAAAAUCGUGUGACUUUAUUACUAGCGAGCUUCGAGGCUCUGGUUAUUCAGCUUUAUCAAUUCACGGAGAUAAAAGCCAAAGUGAAAGAAAGUACGUUCUAGACGAAUUCAAAAGCGGCAGAACAAACAUUUUAUGUGCAACAGAUGUCGCUUCUAGAGGUCUUGACGUUAAAAAUGUAAAAGUUGUAAUCAAUUACGACAUGCCUUUACAAGUAGAAGACUAUGUACACCGUGUAGGUAGAACUGGAAGAGCUGGCGCUACCGGUGUCGCAUAUUCUUUCUUUUCAGAUAAAAACCGAGGAAUUGCUAAAGAUUUAGUUAAUAUCUUAAAUGAAACUAAACAAGAUGUACCUCAAGCAUUACUUGAAAUGGCCAAGAAACCAUUCGAUAACAGAUUUUCUCGUUUUGAUAGUAGUGUAUAG